GGGAGAGCGAGUGCGAGAGGUGGGGUCCCUCGAUGAACAGACACAGGUUCAGGGAGAGAGAGAGAGUGAAAGAGAGAGUGAAAGUGAGAGAGAGGGGAGAGUCGGAGAUAGAGUUUGGCCAGAAUUUUCAGAGCCUCAACUCGAUCCACAUCCACCAAUCAACGGAGACCUUAAGGAUGAAGAAGACUGUGGAGAAGACGAAAGCAAUACAACAGAACCGAGCCGACUACAGAUUGGCUCGGUCGCCGAUGAGGUCCCAUCUGAGUCUGAGAAGCUCAGAGUCCUCCCCGACGUUGACCAAACAACCAACACCCACAGAGACGCCAUUUGCGUCGCAAACUCCGGGCACUCGCACCAUGCUGGGGUCGAACCCAUCCAACCCACAGAGGAUGGCAGGCGAAAUAUCCAGGUCACCGUAAUGACCUGCGCAGUCGUCGACGUCCACGCUGAAUCGAGUACGGAUCCCCCGUCCGUUCUCGAUGAGGAACCGGACAUCGGCGGGAGAGCCGCGCUGAUGGAUCAGCGGACAGGACAAGGAGAGUUCGGGAACGAUGUCUCAGAGUUGCAACCGCCGAUCGAAGGGGGAGAGAGUCAGCCAAAGGUGGGAGUGGGAGUGAGUGAGUCGAUGGAGGAAGUGAGAGAGUGUCCACCGAUGGUGGGAGUGAGGGAGUGUCUUCCCACGAUAGGAGGAGUGGGGGAGUGUCAUCCGACAAUGAGAGGGGGAGAGAGUGGAGCAUGGGUAGAGGAGCAACAACCGAGGACAGAGGUGGGGUCCAGGGAGAAGGAGGGGGAGGAGGAGGAGGAGGAGAAGGAGCACCUGACAAGGACAGAGGGAGAGAUGGGGCAGAGGAACGGAGCAAAGAAGGAGGAGAAGAAGGAGGAGGAGGAGGAUCGACAAGUGGAGGUUAAUACCCUCAGCGACACAGAGGGAGAGGUAAAUUGGAGCAGACAGCGGGCGGAUAAUGAGGUUAAGGAGGCGAUGGCAGGUGGGAGAGAGGAAGAGGAACAGUCCGGGACAGAAGGUUCAGGGAUUGGCAAUCGGGAAGCUCGGACCUUGAGCCAAGACACUUCCAUGCCGGGUUUGCCUGAUGUUAAGUUGCCUCGGACGUCCACAGGGGCAGGGAGGGAAGGCCUGACUGGAGAUGGUCGCGGGGAGGGGCGAAGCAUCGUGGAGGAGGCGGUCGUGAUGGAGAGAGUACCAGGUGAUGUACAGCAGGCGGUGAAACCAGAAGAUGUUCCAAGCACCAAUCCCCUGCCUGCAGAAGGAGACGAAGCUACACAACCGCUGGGUGGGAGGGUGAAGGAGGUGGAGAGUAAGAAGGACAACAGGGUCCAGGCAGAGGGGGAGAUGGAGGGAGUGGCAGGGGAUGAGAGGCAGGCAGUGGAUCCAGAAGUUGGGGUUCCCUGCUCCAUGCCCCGGCCUGCAGAAGGAGACGGAGGCAGAGAGGCAUCCAUCGAUGUGGGGAGUGAGGAGGGGAACAACAGACUGGGGGUCCGGUAUGCAGAGGGGGAGAUGGACGGAGGAGAGCUGGAGAAGGAGACAGAGCCGGUGACGGUCCUUGACGACGAGAUCGAGACCACAGAGGAGGCGGGAAGCCCUCCAGAGCUCGAUCAGUCGAAGCCGGAAGAGAUCACAGCCUCGGCUGAGGAGAUGGUUGCUGGGACCGACCAUCACACCGCCUCAAUUGAGGUGAGUGUUGCCGGGGGUGACCAUCAUACCUCCUCGGCUGAGGAGACAGUUGCCAGGGGCGACCAUCACACCGCCUCGGCUGCGGAGACAGUUGCCGGGGACGACCAUCACACCGCCUCGGCUGAGCCGACGGUUGCCGGGGGCGACCAUCACACCGCCUCGGCUGAGCCGACGGUUGCCAGGGGCGACCAUCACACCGCCUCAGCUGAGGCGACGGUUGCCGGGGGCGACCAUCACACCGCCUCAUCUGCGGAGACGGUUGCCGGGGGCGACCAUCACACCGCCUCGGCUGAGGAGACAACGGUUGCCGGGGGCAACCAUCAGACCGCCUCAGCUGAAGAGACGGUUGACGACGAGAUCGAGACCACAGAGGAGGCGGGAAGCCCUCCAGAGCUCGAUCAGUCAAAGCCGGAAGAGAUCACAGCCUCGGCUGAGGAAACGGUUGCUGGGGGCGACCAUCACACCGCCUCAACUGAGGUGACGGUUGCCGGGGGCGACCAUCAUACCGCCUCGGCUGAGGCGACGGUUGCCGGGGGCGACCAUCACACCGCCUCAUCUGCGGAGACGGUUGCCGGGGGCGACCAUCACACCGCCUCGGCUGAGGAGACAACGGUUGCCGGGGGCAACCAUCAGACCGCCUCAGCUGAAGAGACGGUUGACGACGAGAUCGAGACCACAGAGGAGGCGGGAAGCCCUCCAGAGCUCGAUCAGUCAAAGCCGGAAGAGAUCACAGCCUCGGCUGAGGAAACGGUUGCUGGGGGCGACCAUCACACCGCCUCAACUGAGGUGACGGUUGCCGGGGGCGACCAUCAUACCGCCUCGGCUGCAGAGACAGUUGCCGGGGGCGACCAUCGUACCGCCUCGACUGAGGAGACAACGGUUGCCGGGGGCGACCAUCACACCGCCUCGGCUGAGGAGACAACGAUUACCAGGGGCAACCAUCAGACUGCCUCAGCAGAAGAGACGGUUGACGACGAGAUCGAGACCACAGAGGAGGAGGGAAGCCCUCCAGAGCUCGAUCAGUCGAAGCCGGAAGAGAUCACAGCCUCGGCUGAGGAGACGGUUGCUGGGGGCGACCAUCACACCGACUCAACUGAGGUGACGAUUGCCGGGGGCGACCAUCACACCGCCUCGGCUGCGGAGACGGUUGCCGGGGGCGACCAUCACACCGCCUCGGCUGAGCCGACGGUUGCCGGGGGCGAACAUUACACCGCCUCGGCUGAGCCGACGGUAGCCGGGGGUGACCAUCACACUGCCUCAGCUGAGGCGACGGUUGCCGGGGGCGACCAUCACACUGCCUCGGCUGCGGAGACGGUUGCCGGGGGCGAUCAUCACACCGCCUCGGCUGGGGAGACAGCGGUUGCCGUGGGCGACCAUCACACCGCCUCAGCUGAGGAGACAAUGAUUACCUGUGGCAACCAUCAGACCGCCUCAGCUGAAGAGACGGUUGCCAGGGGCAAUCGCAUUGCAUCAGUUGAGACAACAGUUGCCGAGGGCGACCCUCACCCAGCCGACAACGCCGUCAAAGAUGGAGUGAAAGACAAGGAAAGAGAGGAGGAGGAGAAACAGCAGGAGGCGAUCAGACCAGAGGAUGAGGAGCUGGAGAGGAGAGACAAGGAGCUCAAGGACAUCAUGGAGAACGGGAUCCGGAGUUUGGACAGACUAAAGACCCUCGCCCCGAUCAGAAGGGAGUCAGGGAGCCGCCGGGGGUCCGGCAAGGUGCUGGCCCCCCUGAGGAACGACACCGACUGGAUCAAGCAAGACCAGCGCUCCCAAGAGGAGAACGACGAGGAGCCGAAGGAGGAGAGGGAGGAGGUGAGGGGCCCUCGAGAGGGAGAGGGAAACUCCAGAGCCCGGAGACCGAGCGAAGGAUGGCGGCACCCCCAAGGACCCGGCGAGAAGCCCCGGAGCACAGGAGGACUGGGUGCGUGAGCUGAAGUCGGUGAUCCUGGAUGAGUCACUGGGGGCGGGGCGAGGGAGAGGGGGGCGGGCCAAAAAGAAGAGGGUGGUCCUGUUUGAGGACGGCCAGUCGUACCUCCCGCGGGACGGGGGGGAGACGGCGAU